AUGGGCAAAUAUUCUGACGAUUCGAACUGGGACGAUAUUGUGCCUCUGCCUCAAGAUGACGGCGGCCCAAACCCUCUGGCGGCAAUUGCAUACACAGACGAGUACUCGGAAGCAAUGUCGUACCUUCGCGCCGUCAUGGCCAAGAAUGAAAUGAGUGAGAGAGCUCUGAGCCUGACUGAGGACAUCAUCGACAUGAAUGCCGCCCACUACACUGUCUGGUUCGUCACAUCUGCCCUCUUAGAUCCUCAAAGACCUUUUUGA